UCCCUCUCAAUUAAAAUCAGCCUUAAACGAAUUCUUUCUCUCUCUGUCUCAGCUUCCUUCUUACUUUGUCCACUCCAUUUUCUAUUCAAGUAUCCAUUUUCAACGCAGAGAUUACGUAUAUGCUCACCAAUCCUUUCUUUUUAGUAUUAUAUAUCAUAUUGAAACCUUUAACUUUCAUUUAUUCAAAACUAAGUUUGUCCGUUGACUUUCAAAUGCUAAUUAGUAUAUUAAUUGAGUUUAAUCAGAUAAAUAUUUAUAGACCCAUAUCUAUUGCUCUCUUUCUUUUAUCCAUUUCUAACAAAUUCCCAAUUCAGUUUGAUCAUUUGGAUUAUCUUCUGCCACAAAGAAGAAGAGGUUUAUAUACUGAUGAAUGCUGCUCUUGCGUUGAACUUUUACUCAGUAAGGUAUGGAUUAUCUGGAUUCAAGAAGAAAUAGCUAUAUUUCUGGAAAAAUAAUUCCUGCUGCAGUUGCCAUCUUGAUAUGCAUUAUCAUAUUUAUGCAGUCACCUAAAUUUAGCAGCCCCAACCUGUUCUACCGUCGCGAGUUAGGAGUAAUGCAUGUCUUAGUCACUGGAGGUGCAGGAUAUAUUGGUUCUCAUGCGGUUCUUCGUCUACUGAAGGAUUCAUACCGAGUAACAAUAGUGGACAAUCUAUCUCGUGGGAAUCUCGGUGCAGUUAAAGUUUUGCAGAAGCUGUUUCCAGAGCCUGGGCGACUGCAAUUCAUAUUUGCUGACCUUGGAGAUGCAAAAUCUGUAAACAAAAUCUUUGCUGAAAAUGCAUUUGAUGCUGUAAUGCAUUUUGCUGCUGUUGCUUAUGUUGGUGAAAGUACCCUUCAACCUCUUAGAUACUAUCAUAAUAUUACAUCAAAUACAUUAGUAGUUUUAGAAGCAAUGGCUGCACACAAUGUGAAGACAUUGAUUUAUUCUAGCACUUGCGCAACAUACGGAGAACCGGAAAAAAUGCCAAUUACAGAAGAAACUCUUCAAGCUCCAAUCAACCCAUACGGCAAAGCAAAGAAGAUGGCAGAAGAUAUUAUUAUUGACUUUUCUAAAACUAAUGACAUGGCUGUCAUGAUUCUAAGGUAUUUUAAUGUAAUUGGAUCAGAUCCAGAAGGACAUUUAGGUGAAGCUCCAAGACCUGAACUACGCGAGCAUGGUCGGAUAUCUGGUGCUUGUUUUGAUGCAGCUAGAGGUAUUAUACCGGGACUCAAGGUUAGAGGAACAGACUACAAAACAGCUGACGGCACUUGUGUACGGGACUAUAUUGAUGUCACAGACCUAGUUGAUGCUCAUGUGAAAGCUCUUGGCCAUGCAAAACCAGGGAAAGUUGGCAUCUACAAUGUUGGAACAGGAAAAGGUAGAUCAGUAAAGGAGUUUGUGGAAGCAUGCAAGAAGGCAACUGGCGUGGAUAUAAAUAUAGAAUACCUACGCCGCCGGCCAGGGGACUAUGCAGAAGUUUACAGUGAUCCUUCUAAGAUCAGACGUGAGCUAAAUUGGACAGCUCAAUACUCAGACCUUCAAGAGAGUUUAAAGAUUGCAUGGCGAUGGCAGAAGUCACAUAUAAAUGGUUAUGGUCACAGCUAAUAAUACCAUAAAUCUUAGUGGUUAUUAACCUUUACGUUCAACUUUUGUUUCAACCUGGAAGAUUAGAUUCAAACGUAUUAACCGCUAAUGCACCUUUCUUUUAUCAAAUCUCAGGGACAUGGUCUAAUCAUGAGGGUAGUAUUUUAUCAUGGUGUCGGAUCCCAAGUUUUAUGGAUUCGUUCUUUCGUAGUUUGAAACGUUAUUAGCACAUUUGAAUAAUGUAAAGAAAUAGUUUUGAUAGUUUAUUGCAGGAACAGAUAUUUUGGAACUUUUUAGCUGCUUAUUAUA